AUGACAACGUUUCGAAAUCAUUCAUUUAUUUGACAUUUGGGUUAUCGUGCGGGUCGUAUGUAAUUUUUCAUUCGCUGGGGAUUGCACGUUAAUAUAAAAGGACAUGAUUUGUAUAAAAUAAUUCUUAGAUUAUUAAUACUUAUUAAAUUAAAAUAUCACUAUGAGUCAACCUGAACAAACGACAACUGAUGAAAAUGCCCCGGCGGUCGCUGAGGGCGAACCUUCGUUUGAUGAUCAAGUUCGUACUCAGAGAGAAAGAAUGCAACCAACCAAAAUGGAAUCUUUCAUGGCUAUGAUGAAGUCAUUUUUGCUAAGAGCAUUAUUUAUUUAUUUUAUAACAUCAUUUUUACGCCGAUCUUCACAGCCUGCAGACACAAGUACAGAAUCAGCUGGUGCUGGUGCUGGUGCAGAUCCAUCAUUACGGAGGGCAGCUGAAAAUGCAUUUUUAAAUGGAACCUAUUUUGACCUACAUGUUUACUUAUCAGAGAGUGAUAUUCAAGACUUCACACAAUAUGAUUUAUUGUGGAAACAGCAAAGUUUGGUUUAUGGUGAUUGGUACUCCGGUGAAAAUUUUGAUGGAACAUAUAGUUCAAAUAUACAGAUAAAAACUACAAAGAACAUGAGAAAUAAUGGUUCAUUUUACUUGCAUGUAUAUGUUACUUAUAAAGACAUAUCACCUGAUCCAAGUAAAGGAAAUGGGUAUAAUACCAACAUGGGCUAUACUGUACAUCGCCUAAACAAAUAUAAAAAAUUAAGGUAUGUUCAAACACACAACUUGUUAACAGGCGAAUCAGAAAAGUCUGAAGAAGAACUAGAAAAAUCUAAAUACAUGAAGGAAGAAAUUUUGUCACAUUGGCAUCCAAAUUUAACAAUAAAUUUAGUUACUGACCAUACCAAAUGGGUUCGGGGAUCUGUUCCUUCACCUUUAGAUGAACAUAUUCACUUUUUACCGGGCAACCGAUAUGCUCCUGUGCUUUUUGUGAAUGACUUCUGGAACAUGAUCAGAGAUUAUAAACCAAUAAAUAGUACAACUGAUGAAUUAGAAUUACAUCUGACCUAUCAGCCUCUGUCGAUGAUCAAAUGGCAAAUGUAUUCAGCACAGACAAUGAGAUCAAAGUGGUCAGGAAAUAUAUUUAGUACAGAUGAAAAUGAAGAGGAUCAAGAUUCUUUGAAGGAAGCACUUCUGGAUACAAAUCCUUAUUUAUUAGGUCUAACAGUAGUAAUUUCAAUUCUACAUAGUGUUUUUGAAUUAUUAGCUUUUAAAAAUGAUAUACAAUUUUGGAAUAAUCGAAAAUCUUUAGAAGGAUUAUCUGUACGAUCUGUAUUUUUCAAUGUAUUCCAAUCAGUUAUAGUUCUUUUGUAUGUUCUGGAUAAUGAAACAAAUGCUAUGAUAAAAAUAAGCUGUUUUCUAGGACUAGCAAUAGAAAUCUGGAAAAUACAGAAAGUCGUAGAUAUAAGUAUAAAUAGGGAUCAUAAAAUCCUUGGAUUUCUACCAAAAAUUAAAUUUACUGAUAAGGGAUCAUAUAUCGAGUCAAGUACAAGACAAUAUGACCAAUUAGCAUUCCGAUAUCUUUCAUGGUUGUGUUUCCCAUUACUUGUUGGUUAUGGAGUAUAUUCAUUAUUGUACCAAGAGCAUAAAGGAUGGUAUUCGUUCACAUUAAAUAUGUUAUAUGGUUUCUUAUUGACAUUUGGAUUUAUAAUGAUGACACCACAAUUAUUCAUUAAUUACAAAAUGAAGAGUGUUGCACACCUUCCAUGGAGAAUGAUGUCAUAUAAAUUUUUAAAUACUUUUAUUGAUGAUAUUUUUGCUUUUGUGAUCAAAAUGCCAACAAUGUACAGGCUGGGAUGCUUCCGAGAUGAUAUUGUAUUCUUCAUUUUCCUGUAUCAACGUUGGAUAUAUAAGGUUGAUAAAUCAAGAAUCAAUGAGUUUGGUUUUUCUGCCGAUAUGGAAAACGAAGCAAAGAACAAACAGAAUGGAACAUUAGCUAUUAAUGAAAGUCAGGAAUCUUCUUCGAAUGAAAAUAAAACAGAAGCACAAAAGAAAGAUGACUAAUAAAACAUCUUUUAUAGUGAAUUAAUGCCAAUUUCCAUAUUUUCAUUGUAUUUAUUAAAAUAUUCAUAUUCUUUUAGUCCCAAAACGUUUCAAAUGAAUUUAUUUGAAGAUAUAUUCUUUAUAUUCAAAUUCCUGAUAAACAUAAACCAAAUGAAAAUGUUAUUGUAUAUGAUGUUUAUGUUGUAGAAAUGUGAUCAUCAUUGUUAUUAAUAU